AUGUCGUCUAGUUGUUAUGCUAACUUCACCGACAUUACAGUAUUGACCUUCCAAUUUUCGACUUCCUACGUCUUGCUGGAAGUCAGCAAGGAUGACAGGAACCAGUCGGAAGUGAAUGCGUACGUGCACAAAGUAAUUCCAGCCAAAUCUGACCACCGUACAGUUGCGAAGUCAAAAGUUCGAAGAUUCGAGGUGAAGAAACGAGCUGAUGAUGUCGCACGUAACACCAACCCAACCCUGGAGUCAGACCGGAGCGAGAAGACGGUGGUGGUCAUUAACCAGGCAUUUGACGCUCUCAAGAGUAUAGUGGAGAAGCCUGAGUUCAGAGCUAUUAAAAACUUGUCUUUUAUUGAAAAUAUAAUCGAAGCUGCCAGAGAAUUCGUGAACGCGCCAGCAUUCAGGAGUAGCAAGACGAUGAGGUACAUCGAUAAAGUUAUCGACAUAGUCAAGGAGGCAGCUUUUGGACCAGCCUACAGGACAGGGGGGGUGCCGGAGAAUUUGAAGACAGAACUAGUACAUUUCCGUAACGGGCAACCGUCUAUGGUUUUCGAGGUGAAAACAAACUUCGUCGUGGAUUUUGUCAGAAAAAUGUUAUCAUCGCAUCUUAUUGAGAGGUAUAUGGACGAUAUGGAAAUGAUGCCGGCCGCAAACCAACAUCACAGUUCCGUACGAAGGCAUCCGAAGAAAUACUUGCCAAACUAUGACAAGAAAAUGCGAGCUGAAGAUGAGGAACUAAAUGAUGAGCCAAAUAUGAGAAGUAAGCAAAUCAUCAGAACUGUCGAUGACACGUUUGAUGCUCUCAAAAAACUCGCUAACAGACCGGAAUUUAGAUCGAGAAAAACUGCUGCCUUGGUUGAUAGCGAUCUAGAUGCCUCGCUGGUCAAACAGGCAGUUAAAAUGAGACAUAACCUCAUUCGUUAG